AUGACGCGCUUGAUUGAACACGUGCAAGUUACAUUAAAACUUAAUAAUUGCCCGGUGUACUGCUGGACCGAUUCAACAGUAUCACUCGCGUGGAUACAUAAAGAACCAAGCGAAUUAAAAACAAUUACUGCGCAUCGGGUCGCAGAAAUUCAAAAUCGCGUGUCUAACGAUAAUUGGCGACAUGUACCUUCGGGUCAUAAUCGCGCUGACUGCGCCUCACGUGGUCUAUCGGUGUCACAACUGCUUCAACACGCCCUUUGGUGGCACGGCCCUUCCUGGCUUAUACAAGCUCCUAAUGAGUGGUCAGAAAGUAAGCCUGCGGUCCCGGGGGAAGCUGAAGCAGAGGUUAAAAAGAAUAUCAGCGUGUUGCACGUUCAAUCGGAGACGGAAUGGGAUCUGCCAAUGCGCACAUCUUCAUGGCGAAAACUUUUACGCAUCACAGCGUACGUUUUCCGAUUUACCUCGCGAAAUAAAGGGAAUCGAUAUCCAGACACGGUUAUUACCGCAGCUGAGAUCCUCGCGGCGCGUAAAUUCUGGAUCACGUACGUCCAGACUCGGCAUUAUCGACGGGAAAUAGCGGCUAUGCUUAAGGGCGAAUCCCUGUUAAAAGCUAGCCCGUUACUUCGGCUUAAUCCGUUUCUUGGCGAAGAUGGUACUGUCCGUGUUGGCGGGCGGUUGCGCAACUCAGAACUUCCGCAACGCUUUCCGAUAAUAUUACGCAGCAAGGUACGAAUCACCGAACUCAUCAUCGCUGAUUGUCACGAGAACACGUUACAUGGGGGCAUGCAGUUAAUGUUAAAUGUAUUACGGGAAACGUUUUGGAUCGUCAACGCCCGACGGCUAGUUAAAGGCCACAUUCAUAAAUGCGUCACGUGCGUGCGUUGGCGGGCAGUCACCGCAAGUCAACAAAUGAGCGACUUACCUGCGGUUAGAGUCACUCCAUCUCGAGCGUUCGUCCAUUGCGGCCUGGAUUAUGCAGGACCGUUCUCUGCUCUCGCGUAUCGUGGACGUGGGCAAAGGGCGCAAAAGGUUUACAUCGCUCUUUUCGUUUGUUUGGCGACUCGCGCUAUCCACCUCGAAUUGGUGCGCGACUACUUCACUUCAGCGUUUCUAGCGGCAUUUGAACGCUUCACAUCUCGCCGCGGAUUGCCUACGAAUUUAUAUAGCGAUAAUGGGACUAAUUUCCAAGGCGCUAAUAAAGAAUUAAUGAACGCAUUUAAACAAGUAACGGCAGACACUGACCUUCGUUCACGUUUAGCUGCCGAUUAUAUCACGUGGCGCUUUAUUCCGCCUGCAGCUCCUCAUUUUGGAGGAAUCUGGGAGGCAGGGGUCAAAAGCGUUAAGACCCAUCUGCGACGCAUGCUCGGCGAUCGAACAUCUACUUGCGAGGAACUAACUACGCUCCUCUGUCGCAUCGAGGCAUGUUUAAAUUCACGCCCUUCGACACCUUUAAAUCAUGACCUCGAGUCAUGUGAGGCUCUCACUCCAGGUCACUUUCUCGUGGGCGCAGCUCUAAAAUCGGUUCCGGUGCCAUCUGUACUGGAAAUCAACGAGAAUCGAUUAUCUAGAUGGCAACUCGUUCAACAGCUCACGGAAAAGUUCUGGAAAGCAUGGGCUAACGAUUACUUACACACAUUACAGGCGCGAUUGAAGUGGUGUAGUCGCGUCCCCAACCUCAAAAUCGUGGACUUAGUUCUACUUAAGAGCUCGACGCUUCCCCCGGCGAAAUGGGAACUAAGUCGGGUGACCGAAUGUCAUCCUGGUAACAACGGCCUCAUUCGUGUAGUAACCGUAAAGACUGCACAUUCGCAAUAUGUCCGUCCGAUCGCUAGGUUAUGUAAAUUACCGAUUAGCCAUUAA